UAUAUCUUGUCCACGGAGUCUUCGCGCUCAUCGAUCUGGACCGAAACGGCCUAUCUUACCGCUCACACAACCUAGCGGCCCAUUAUUCUCUAUUCCAUGUUGCGAAUACCGCAGCAAGGUAGCUAAAGGCUACCAUCCACUUCUUGUAGAAAUGGCCGAACUUUCCUCCAACUGGAAAGAACUACAGGCGCGCUUGAAGGCCGAAGAAGGGACCCAACCUCAAAGGAAGCGCAAGGCUACAGACGAGACAAACCCCCACCAAAAGAGGGUUAAGACCUCAAAACCUCCCGACCACACCGCGAGCCCGGCCAGUCAAGCUCGUCAACGGAAGCACAGUCCCAAGAGAGCCAUGGGUGGCGUGCACAGUUCCAAAAUGGAAUCCGGCCCCCGACAUGGGCCAUCGCCCUCCCUCGCGCUUUGGGCUGAGGAUAACGACAUAUCUACUGAGGCCUUGGCAGAGGCGUACGAGCUGGGCGCCCAAAGGGACAAUUCGAUGAUGAUGGCCUCUGCAAAAGACAAAGUGAACCACGGACUCUCUGAAGGCGUCGAAAUCGGCAAAUACGUCGCCAUGGACUGCGAAAUGGUCGGUGUUGGACCAGGCGGCCACGAGUCAUCAUUGGCGCGUGUCAGUUUGGUAGACUUUAACGGGCGGCAAGUUUAUGAUUCGUAUGUCAAGCAAAAGGAACGAGUCACCGAUUGGAGAACAGCCGUGAGUGGGAUUUCACAGAAGGAAAUGAGGUUUGCCAGAAGCUUCGAUGAGGUUCAGCGUGCUGUUUUUAGCAUUGUCAAGGACCGCAUCCUGGUAGGCCAUGAUAUCAAGCACGACCUGGAAGCCUUGAAGUUGAGUCAUCCACCAAGGGAUAUCCGGGACACAGCCAGAUACCAUGGGUUCAAAAGGUACGGGCACGGCCGCAAGCCAGCCCUCAGAACACUUGCCCGAGAGAUCUUAGCAGUCGAGAUCCAAGAAGGGCCACAUUCAAGCAUCGAGGAUGCCAGGGUUACCAUGUUGCUGUUCAGGAAGCACAAGCCAGGAUUCGACGUUGACCACGCCAAUCGUUAUGCGCCAAAGCCAGCACCGAAUAACCACAAGGCUUCUAGCAGAAAGCCGAAGAAGUCGAAGAGUCGCAAUACAUGACCAUAAUGACGACCAGCCCAAGCUUGUGGAGUCUCCGAUUCGGCAUGACGGCGCACGAAGCCGCAUUUUGACCCACAACACUAUAGCGGGAUGCCUUCCAUCAACUCGAGAGCUCCUUCACGGCCAACCGUUAUGAUGACAUCCCCUAAAGUCUUGGUUACGAAGCCAGCCUCGCAAUAGGUGAAAUAGUACUAGCAAGAGUCAGAACUGGUCCUGUUCGUACGCAGAUUUGAGCACUCACCUCCCACUUCCUGCGGAAGACCUCGACCCCAGCUUUUGUCAAAUUCGGAUGCUCCUUGAGUAACGCUGGCUUGAUCCUGUCGUUGAAGUUCUCUUGAAAGUUUUCAUUCCAAAGCCUCAGUGUUCUGGCAUAGUGCCCGCCGAUGUUCUCGACGUUCUCGACGAUGAGAGUGCCGGAGGAUUGCUGGCUGAUAUGAUGGAGUAGUUGUGUGGUGGAUGGAAGAUAACCACCGGGGAAUAUGUAAUGGUUGAUGAAGCUGGACGAUAAGCAACACGCCUCUCCCAGAUAAGGGGCGGCUUUACUCACUCUUCGGACUUGGAAUACGCCUCGUGACGGCCUUCAGGCAUUGUAAUGCACUGGAACAUUGCGAUACCGCCGUCCUGCUUGAGCAGGCGGUCCACACAUUUGAAGUACGUGGCCAGGUACUCUUGGCCGACGGCUUCAAGCAUCUCGAUGG